AUGGGAGCUCCACAUCUGAAAAAAGGCAAAAAGGCCAAGAAACAAGUCCCCACCGAAGACUCAGGGGUAGACGAGAACGCCGCACGCCCAGGCACAGCGGAUUAUGUGUGCGGUGGUGACUUUGGAAAGUAUUUCGAGGAGCAGUAUGGCGAAGAGAGAUGGGCUACCCUGAAGGAAGCACUUGUGCUGCCAGGUGAUUAUAUUGUGGCGGUGACUUGGAGAGGCGUAUUUGAGGAACAGUCUGGUUAA